GCUCUAUUGACGCAUUCGUUCCAAUGUACUGCCGUAUACAAGGCGACAUCUAGUGUAUAUAUCUAUGUACAACAUAUACGACAACUGUCCCUUCACAGGAUCCGUACUUGUGCGUCUUUAGAAGCCUUCCGGGUUGAAACAGCUACUGCACUGCUGAAGAGGUCGCAGUAAACAGGAGAUUAAUACGAAGCGGUUGCCGACAUGCUGCUCUGCCGUGUGACCGCUUUAACCAGGCGGGGACUGAGUGUGAGGAGACUCGCGCUCUCCUUCAGUUCCGCUCCCGGGGCCGGAGUUCAGCCUCCUGCGGACUACAGAGACUCUGUGCUGCUGCCCCGCACUCAGUUCCCCAUGAAGACCAGCGGGCAGAAAGUACUGGAUGUCGAGCUGCGGAUACAGCGGGAGUGUGGUUUUGACCAGCUGUACACGUGGCAGAGAGAGAGAAAAGCCAAGAAGGAGUUUUGCCUCCACGACGGUCCGCCUUACGCCAACGGAGACGCCCACGUAGGCCACGCCCUCAACAAGAUCCUGAAAGACAUCCACAGUCGGUUUGAGGUGCUGCGAGGCAGGAAGGUGCACUAUGUCCCCGGCUGGGACUGUCAUGGUCUUCCCAUCGAGCUGAAAGCCUUAGGCGAGCUCAACACCUCUGACCUGACUCCACUACAGAUCAGACAGAAAGCUCGGGAGUUUGCGGAACGUGCGAUCGCGAGUCAGCGGGCGUCGUUCCAGCGCUGGGGUGUCAUGGCCGACUGGGAGAACUGUUACUACACGUUUAACGGGUCGUACGAGGCGGCGCAGCUCCGCGUCUUCCAGGACAUGCACAGCAAGGGUUUGAUUUAUCAAGACUAUAAACCUGUCUUCUGGUCUCCGUCUUCCAGGACAGCGCUAGCAGAAGCAGAGCUGGAGUAUAACUCUGAGCACAUGAGCACAGCAGUGUACGUUACCUUUCCUCUGAAAACACUCCCACCUAAAUUAGCAGCAAGCUUAGGGGAGAUGGGUAAGGUGUGUGUGCUGGUGUGGACAACACAACCGUGGACAAUCCCAGCCAAUCAGGCAGUGUGCUUCAUGCCCAAGUCACAGUACUCUCUUGUGAAGAGACGUGAUAAUGAGCAGCUCCUCCUGCUGGCCACUGAGCGCAUUACAAGCCUCAGCGCUACACUGAGCACUGAACUACAAAACCUGGCCACAUUCACAGGCUCUGAUCUGAUGGGCGGAGUCUGCCAACAUCCCACCCUUCCUGGAAAGGAGGUGCCCUUGUUGCCGGCCAAUCACGUGACCAUGUCUAAAGGAACGGGAUUGGUCCACACUGCUCCCGCUCACGGCAUGGAGGACUACGGCGUGGCCACUCACUUUCACCUGCCUGUGGAGUGCAUGGUGGACGAGGAGGGCAGGUUUACAGAGACGGCUGGCGCUGAGCUACAGGGGCAGAGCGUGCUGAAGGAGGGAACAUCUACAGUGAUCUCGAUGCUGCGUGCUGCUGGAGCCUUGCUGAAGGAGGAGCAGUGUGUACACAGUUACCCGUACGACUGGCGCAGUAAGACACCGGUGGUGAUCCGAGCCAGCAAGCAGUGGUUCAUAAACACAGCCAACCUGAAAGACACGGCUAAGGAAGCGCUGCAGAAGGUUCGUGUGAUGCCCGAGUCAGCCAGGGCGAGUCUGUUGGCCAUGCUGGACAGACGGACGUACUGGUGUAUCUCACGUCAGAGGAGCUGGGGCGUCCCCAUCCCUGUGUUCUACCACAAACAGACCGGAGAACCUCUGAUCAACAAACACACGGUUGCUCAUAUAGCCAACGUGUUUGCGGAGAAGGGAAGCGACAGCUGGUGGGCGGAGCCUUUGGAAACACUACUUCCUCCUGAUGUACUGAAGAAGAGUAAGGCCGGAGACGUAAUAGAUUACGUGCGUGGUGAGGACGUGCUGGACAUCUGGUUUGACAGUGGGACGUCCUGGGCUGCUGUGCUACAGGAGGCCGACCCGAGGGCCGACGUGUACGUAGAAGGGAAGGAUCAGAUCGGCGGCUGGUUCCAGUCGUCUCUGUUAACUAGUGUAGCGGUGCGCAAUAAAGCCCCGUAUAAGAAGUUGGUGGUUCAUGGAUUUGUGCUCAGUGAGAAAGGAGAGAAAAUGUCCAAGUCCCUGGGGAACGUCGUCGACCCCGACGUUGUCAUUAACGGAGGGACGGAUUCAUCUGUUUCUCCUCCGUAUGGUGCAGAUGUGUUGAGGUGGUGGGUUGCAGAGUCCAACGUUUUCUCCGAGGUCCAGAUCGGACCCAAAGCACUGAACGCAGCCAGAGAGAGCAUCAACAAGCUGAGGAACACUCUGAGGUUCUUGCUGGGGAACCUGCAGGGUUUUGACCCUCGCACUCAGGCAGUGGACUCCAAAGACAUGCACUACAUCGACCAGUACUUACUGCACCUGCUCCGAGAGUACAGCAUCAAGGUAACCGACGCCUACAGCGAGUUCGACUGCGGCCGAGUGAUUCGUCUUCUUCAGGCCUUCAUCACCAGAGAUCUGAGCAACUUCUACUUCAGCAUCAUCAAAGACAGGCUGUAUUGUGAUGCGGAGGACUCGUUAGGCAGGAGGUCGUGUCAGACGGUUCUUGAGGAGAUUUUAGACGGUGUGACGCGCUCCAUCGCUCCAAUCCUACCUCACCUGGCCGAAGAGGUGUACCAGCAUGCACCAGGGCAUGACGAAGGUGAGACUCUGUUCCGGAGCGGUUGGAUUAAAAGCAGCUCGGUGUGGAGGAGGCCCGGAUUGGAGGAAGCUGUGGAGGGGGCGUGUGCCAUCAGAGACUCCUUCCUGUCCUCCAUCCCAGGAUGCAACGCGGCCGAGUACGAUCUGACCGUCGCCAUCGAGCCCGGCCUGUUCUUUGAGCUGAUGGAGUCCCUGCAGGAGGAACCGACCUCGACGUCGUCCCAGCUGACGGAGCUGAUGAUGGCGUCACGCACGACGCUGACCGAAGCCCUGCCCCGAGACCUGCCCUCCGACGCCGUCAUCAGUAAGGGGAGCUUCCUCAUCAACCUGGAGGGUGGUGUUAUCCGUGAAGAGAGCGCGUACUCCGUAGCCGCGGUUCCCAUCUCUCUGUCCCGCUGCCCUCGGUGCCGCCGCUACACCUCGGACACGCCCGACUGCCUGUGCUCACGGUGCCAAGCGGUCAUCCAGAACGCCCAAUAAAACCAGUUAUACCUGCACUUUCCCAGCUCCGCCCACUCGGAAGCUUCAGAACGUUUCCUACCCAGAAUUCCUGACGCUGGAUGCGGCGUGUGUUUCAGUAAUGCGGCUUUUGUGUCCGGCGACGAUAUAAAUGUAACCGCUAAAAGUUUAAGAAGUGAGACGUUAUGUUUCUCGCUCGGGGUCGAGGGAAGGAAUCUGCGAUUGUGGUGAAAACCAACGGCCACAAACUCCGCCCUCAGUGUGAAGAAUCUAGCAACGGUAAACACUGCAGCUUUAAUUAAUAACCUGGUAACAAAAACAGGGUCACCAUGGGGCAGUAAGGAUCACGUGUGUGUGAGAGAGCUACAAAGAUACCAGAGCCUGUAGAAGAAAACGAUGGAAUACGUUUUAGUUUUAUUUACAUUAUUAAAUCUAAACGUGUGUUUUGUAGAGAGCGAGAAGAGAGAGAGAUAUUUAACCGUGUAAAGAAAUAAAAGCUCUCGCACCUGUAAAUGAAACUGCUUUGUACUGAACUGUCGAUUUCCUUGUGCACAAAUCGAUUCAUUAAAAAAAGGCAAAAACAAA